UUUCUUUAUGUGUCCCCUGCAGCAGAGUGCAACGUGUGUGACCCGCUGAGGACGGACGUGCUCUGCACGGCUCCUGGGCAGUGAGAGCAUGAGGCACAGCCACCCCCAAGGUUCCGCACAGGCCCUUGCAGGAAGAAUCCCUGAAUGGCUGGCGUUUGACAACAUGCACCACCAGUGGCUUCUGUUGGCCGCAUGCUUUUGGGUGGUUUUCAUGUUCAUGGUGGCUAGCAAAUUCAUCACGUUGACCUUUAAAGACCCUGAUGCCUACGGCGCCAAACAGGAGUUUCUGUUCCUGACCGCUGUGCCAGACGCAGGGAGGUUGCCGGGAGAGAAGCACUUUCCUGAGGAACUGAAGCCGACUGGGAAGAUGCUUUCCAGCAGCCGGCUUGCUCAACCCCUGGUCUAUAUGGAGCGCCUAGAACUCAUCAGAAACGUCUGCAGGGAUGAAGCCCUGAAGAAUCUCUCACACACUGCGGUCUCCAAGUUUGUCCUGGACCGAAUAUUUGUCUGUGACAAGCACAAGAUUCUUUUCUGCCAGACUCCCAAAGUGGGCAACACGCAGUGGAAGAAAGUGCUGAUCGUGUUAAAUGGAGCCUUCCCUUCCAUCGAAGAGAUCCCCGAAAACGUGGUUCACGACCACGAGAAGAACGGCCUCCCUCGACUCUCCUCCUUCAGCGACACAGAAAUUCAGAAGCGCUUGAAAACAUACUUCAAGUUUUUCAUCGUAAGAGAUCCCUUCGAGAGACUGAUUUCUGCAUUUAAGGAUAAGUUUGUUCACAAUCCCCGCUUUGAACCUUGGUACAGGCAUGAGAUCGCCCCUGGCAUCAUCAGGAAGUACAGGAGGAACCGGACAGAGACCAGGGGCAUCCAGUUUGAAGAUUUUGUGCGCUACCUGGGUGAUCCAAACCACAGGUGGCUGGACCUUCAGUUUGGGGACCACAUCAUUCACUGGGUGACAUACGUAGAACUGUGCGCACCCUGCGAGAUCAAGUACAGUGUGAUUGGUCACCACGAGACCCUGGAAGACGAUGCCCCAUACAUCUUAAAAGAAGCUGGCAUAGACCACUUGGUGUCGUACCCCACCAUCCCUCCGGGCAUUACCGUGUAUAAUAAAACCAAGGUGGAACACUACUUUCUGGGCAUCAGCAAACGAGACAUCCGGCGCCUGUAUGCACGUUUCGAAGGGGACUUUAAACUCUUUGGGUAUCAGAAGCCAGAUUUUUUGCUAAACUAAUGCGUAGGAUUGUGAAUUCAAAUAUCUUUGUUAGACCAGAGGCUAACCAAGUGGAGAUGUGAGCACAGAAAUGAUACUUCCUUCAUCACACUCCUUCUGAAGACUCCUGCAGUCUCCAUGGACCUGUGCGUGCCUCGGCCGAUGAAGCUGGACCCGGAUCGUUACGACUCAGUUUGGACAUGAGGCAUAUUGAGGGCCUUUGCCCCACCAACUGCUACCAAUGCCUUUAGACCUUUGCUCUCCUCAGAAGGGGAAAAGGUCUAAACAUUUGCAGUCUUACAGACCAGGGGGAAAAAUAAUAUGGCAUUAGGAGUCAUUUCCCUCAGUUGUCAAAGAGGUGGGUGCACUCCCAGCUCCUCUGGAUGGUGGGGUGGUCCUGCCUAUGACCAG